UAUCUCUCAGGAAGGAGUCUAGCAUCAGUUCUCACCAGCGAGAAGCCCUGGGAAGUGAACCGCGGUCGCUGUCAGUGUUUGUGGAGGGACUGGAGGGACAGGGUGGCUGCGCCAGGCUGGAGGAGGCUUGCCUUUCCAAAGCUGGAGAGGAUUUCACCGGGGCUCUCCUUCCCGUGCCCGGGAAGAAUCUCCCCUCUGCUAGCAGCACCCGCGGCGGCGGCAGCAGCCCUACCUCCUCUUCUGGGGAACAGGGCAGAAUGCCUGUGCUAGAGCGCUAUUUCCACUCGGCAGAGCUAGGCAGAAGGUGGACAGCCCCAGAAGGUGUGCUGCCCUCCUCCCUGGGCAGCCGGCCGGGGUGCCAGCAGGGGCCGCUGCCCUGGGACUUGCCAGAGAUGAUCAGGAUGGUCAAGCUGGUUUGGAAAUCCAAAAGUGAGCUGCAGGCGACCAGACAGAGAGGCAUUCUGGAGAAUGAAGAUGCUCUGCACAGCUUUCCAGGAGAUGUACGACUAAGGGGUCAGACGGGGGUUCCUGCUGAACGCCGCGGCUCCUACCCAUUCAUUGACUUCCGCCUACUUAACAAUACAACACACUCAGGGGAAAUUGGCACCAAGAAAAAGGUGAAAAGACUGUUAAGCUUUCAAAGAUACUUCCAUGCAUCGAGGCUGCUUCGUGGAAUUAUCCCACAGGCCCCUCUCCACCUGCUGGAUGAAGACUACCUUGGACAAGCAAGGCAUAUGCUCUCCAAAGUGGGAAUGUGGGAUUUUGACAUUUUCUUGUUUGAUCGCUUGACAAAUGGAAACAGCCUGGUAACACUGCUGUGCCACCUCUUCAACACCCAUGGACUCAUUCACCAUUUCAAGUUAGAUAUGGUGACCUUACACAGGUUUUUAGUCAUGGUUCAAGAAGAUUACCACAGCCAAAACCCGUACCACAAUGCUGUCCAUGCAGCCGAUGUCACCCAGGCCAUGCACUGCUACCUGAAGGAGCCAAAGCUCGCCAGCUUCCUCACACCUCUGGACAUCAUGCUUGGACUGUUGGCUGCAGCAGCCCACGAUGUUGACCAUCCAGGGGUGAACCAGCCGUUUUUGAUCAAAACUAACCACCACCUUGCCAACCUGUAUCAGAAUAUGUCUGUGCUGGAGAAUCACCACUGGCGAUCUACAAUUGGCAUGCUUCGAGAAUCCAGGCUUCUUGCUCACUUGCCAAAGGAAAUGACACAGGAUAUUGAACAGCAACUGGGCUCCUUGAUCUUGGCAACAGACAUCAACAGGCAGAAUGAAUUUUUGACCAGAUUGAAAGCUCACCUCCAAAAUAAAGACUUAAGACUGGAGGAUGUACACGACAGGCACUUUCUGCUUCAGAUUGCCUUGAAGUGUGCUGACAUUUGCAACCCCUGCAGAAUCUGGGAGAUGAGCAAGCAGUGGAGUGAAAGGGUCUGUGAAGAGUUCUACAGGCAAGGUGACCUUGAACAGAAAUUCGAACUGGAAAUCAGUCCUCUCUGUAACCAACAGAAAGAUUCCAUCCCUAGCAUACAAAUUGGUUUCAUGACCUACAUCGUGGAGCCACUCUUCCAGGAAUGGGCCCGUUUCACCGGAAACAGUGCCCUGUCUGAGAACAUGCUAAGCCAUCUUGCACACAACAAAGCCCAGUGGAAGAGCCUGCUGCCCAAGCAACACAGAAGCAGUGGUGGUGGCUGUGCUGGUGGCAGCCCAGACCACACAGACCACGGGACUGAGAAUGAGGAGCAGACUGUGACUGAAGGCAUCGCCCCCUAGUGCAAGCCAGGCCUGCCCCCUGCUCUGCACACAGAGAAUGAGAACCGCCUUGAGCAGAGACCUCCUGAGAGGGGAGUUCUAGGGGUUCUUGACCAUUAACCCAGCCACUCUCUGGGUUUCAUCCUGGGGCUCUUUGGAAUGCCACCUUGCUCCCACUCACCUGCCUCCCCUCCUUCUUCCAAGUGUACAGAAGCCAUUCAUCACCUCAGCAUUAGCUGCCGAAAUGAGCAACUCCAUUCAGUAACAUGGGAGCCGAGUCCAGGGGCAGGCCUGCCCCACACGGAGAAGACUGGGAGAAAGAAAGAGGUGCUACUGCCAUGUCCCCACGGCCCUGGGUCACACUGUGACAGGCAGCAGUUCCUACGUCCAGAGCAUUUUAGCAUUUGCCAUCUGACUGCUGAUCUGCAUGACAAAAACACCAGCAUAUUUGGAACUCCAAGGAUAUUGGUCUUAAGUGCAAGAGCACAGAUGAGAGCAUGAGAGAAAGGACCUUCUAUUUUAAUAAUAAUUAUUAUUAUCAAAUAAUAAUAAAUCUUUUUAACUUUUAUAUUUUAUGCACUAGACAAUGGAUCUAAAACUUUGGACUAAGACCCAAACUUGAACAGGGGGUUCAUCGUUUUGUUACUGACUUUAUGCCACUUUGGGUCAGAGAUUUGGCAUCUUCUCAAUUUAAGAAUCCACGUUUCCUAUCCGAUCUGAGGGGAAGGUGCUGUACAGUUCAUUCCUUUGCACCAUUAGCCAAUCUAUCUUUUAUCAAUAACUCAGUUUCAAUGACAUGUUUAUAUUCACCACAUGUACAUUUUCUGUAAAUACCAAGCGCUACUGAUUCCCAUGCCAAAAUACAUGAGUAUUAUGGGAUUGCUACCUGUAUAAACAAUGGCACUGUGAACAGAAUCCUGUUAGUUUUAAUACAAGAGAAUGCAUUUGUAAAUAUGGUAUAGAGUUUAUUAAUAUACUAUUGUUUGCAGAUAAAGGCCUUAACUUUAAACAUCUUUCAUCUUCUGAAAGCUGCCCAACUUCAGUCCUCACAGAAGUCCUUCUGAACUGCCUUCCCAUCCCCAUCUUUCUGCAUCCCAGCUAAGGUCUUCAGUCCUCACAGAAGUCCUUCUGAACUGCCUUCCCAUCCCCAUCUUUCUGCAUCCCAGCUAAGGUCACAAAUCAAACCCAAUAAAGUCUUGGAGGAAAGAUUCUGGAAACUUCACGUGCAUUCCACUUGAGACCACAGCGUUUGAUCUGUGGCACCAAGCAUCAUUUCCUCAGAUUCACAAGACCCUUCGGCAAGCCUGAAGUCACUUUUCAACGCAGCGAUGUUGCACAUUCUGUCCCCCAAGCCCGCUGAUCAGCUUGUGUUAAUGUGACUCUUGUCAUGGAACAUGGCAGUGGGUCAGCCUUGCAGGAGACAUGGCAGGUCUCAGGAGUCUCUAUGGCCCUGUCACCUAAGCGUCAGGGAAUCCCCUGCCCCCCUCCCACCCUCCCGUCCAUGACUGUAGUACCAAAGCACCUUUGGUUAAUGGUUGGCGUGCACUUCUUUGGUGUUCAUCGUAACUGGAUUUUUCUUUUUCCGUAAUUUCAUGUGAGUAGCUGCCCACCUGUUUAGCUGAAGAUGGGUGACGUUAUUUAAGAAGAGAACAUAUUUCCAUUUUUCUCACAGAAUUUACCUUCCUGGCAGGCAUUAUGCUGAAUCAUGGCUGUCACUAGCAGAAUCAGCUGGGAAUUUUGUGGCCAUUUUUCUUCUGCAAACACUUGGCUGAAAAUCAGCUUGUGACAGUCUUCUCUAGUCGGCUAACCUUUGUGCAUUGAACCUUCUGUUUAGAAGCCCCCGCAUCACUAAUGUUAGGUGAAAAUCAGCACUGCCCUUUCUCUUUACCUUAAACGGGGUGGUGGUGGCAGGUGACUUUAUGAUAGUGUCUGCCGCUAUCCAGCUGUUUCACAAUAGAACGCCAGUUAACUCUCAUUUCCUACGUGCAGCUUUCAUUUCUCCUAACACACAGAUGAAAUGUUGGAAACUUGACGGGACUGUAAGAAGUUCCUGCAGAGAGACGAAGGCUUGCGGAGUUAAGGUUUAGGAAGAUUUGGGAACGUUGGUUAUAGUUUUAUUAAAUAUGGAGAGAUUGUCAGAUGGUAGUAAAGAAAGCAUGAAAAACUCAUGAAAUGGAUGGAUUUGAUAAGUUGAAGUAGUUGGUAGGGGUAAGAAGGGAAGUUGUGGAAACUUAACACUAACUUUGUUUUUUUUCUGUAAUAACUAUGAACUGACAGAGGAUUCUUUAGUGCUGUAAUACUCGGAAGCUCUCAGCUUGGUAGGGCCCCAAAAGGGAAGAUGUUGAAUGUAUUCCUGCUUCCAAACCUCACUUAUGUUGGUUUGAUGAUGCAGAAAGGGCUUUUGAGUCGUCUAUUUUUAAUGUCCAUGAGAUCAAAGCAAGGACAGCAGUUACUGGGGACAAUACAGUAGAGAUUAAAAAGAAAAGGCUAUUUUAGCUCUACCUUGACUUUAGGAAAUGGACUUUGUUUAAAUUAUAUUUAUAUUGUAACUUAAAUAAAUAAUAUUAGGGGCGUUUUUACUAGUUCCAACUUUAUAGGGCCAAAGUAUUUAUGCUACAAUUAGGUCUUAAAGAAAAAGUCACAGAGAAAACUACCAAAUGUCCAGGGGUUAAGCCUAUGAAGCAGCUACUGGUGCAAUAAAAAUCAGAAGUAAAAUGAGACAUGAUGCAUUUGUGGCCUCCGUUCAGUCAUCUGGAGAUUUCUUGAGUUCUUUAUUUUUAGGCAAAACAAGAGAAUGUGAAAACAUUUUUUUCUUGCCUACCAGUAGCUCUCUUGCAAUAUUUCAGUGGAAGGAGUCCAGUUACUAGUCAAGACACAGCUGCAGAUCAUCCAUGGACCUUGUCUUCACAUUCUUCUUCUGGUCCAUGGGCCACCAAUAGCUGACUUGACUUUAAUUCUUUCAUUGCUUGAGAAGAAAGGGUCAAAGGGCUAUUUUUAGUAAGCAAGGUAAAGUUGAAAUCAAAUUAAAAGAGAGAAAGAGAAUAUAUAACACUGCCAGGCCUGGUAGGCAAAGCCUGCUUUUCCUUGUAACAGCCUCUGUGAAUAGUUAGAACCUUGUUCAUGAAACCCUGACCCACCCAUAGCCCCUGCGAGGCUGAGUCAAGAUCCCAGUUUCUAGUGCUUAAGGCUUCCCGCAAGGGGACUCAGAGCACAUCCUGCAACACUGUCCUUAUAUAGUGCUUCCUACAAAACGCAGACCUGUUUUGUAACCUUUUCUCAUGUAGAAUCGGAUAUGCUCAUUGAUUUGAAAAUUGGUUAUGAGCUUGUAUCUCACUGUAUUUCUUACGCUUUGUUCUUUUAAGCAAACCCUUAAAAUUGUGUUGUUAUGUGUACACAAGUAAGUUUUGGGGGGGAAAAAAUAAACACCUUGUGAGUUUUUGCUCAAAAUGUGGCCUAAAUAUCCAUUGGCAUGUCUAGAUAAACAAUCAAAAUAAAGAUAAUUUCUUAAAAAUA